CGUAGACAAACACACACCUCAAUUAAAACUGGGCACACUGCUGCGCGACAAGAAAGUUUGGUCUUCCUCAAAGUUUUCUUUAACAAGUAGUGUACUCUCUUAGAGUUUAAUUGUCGCUUGUUUUACUGUGACUAGCCUAUUUGAAACGGGCAUCGUUUGAAGAUACGUGUUUUUUCUUGACCCGAGUACAGAAGACGUCGAUCGAUUAGUACAGCCUCGGUCUGCGCGUUAAAUGCGUUAAACCCUAUUUAUUUAGUUAUAAUCCUAGUUCCCCGGUUGAGAUGGAGUGGCGGGAGCAGACCAGUGUCAGCUGCAUGGACGCCUUCGAAGAGGCUAAGCGGUGGAUUGAGAAAGUGACCAGUAAGUCGUUUGAAAGUAGUAACUUCCGUGCUGCUCUGGAAAAUGGAGUCCUACUCUGCGAUUUGAUGAACAAGUUGAAACCUGGCAUUAUCAAGAGGCUGAACAGGCUUUCAACCCCGAUCGCCGGAUUGGACAAUGUGAAUGUGUUCCUGAAGGCAUGCUCUAAGCUGGGUCUGAACGAGUCUCAGCUCUUCCACCCUGGAGACCUCCAGGACCUUUCCACCAGGGUCACCCUCAGGAGCGAAGAAAGCAAUAGGCGACUAAAGAACGUUCUGAUCACAGUGUACUGGCUGGGUCGCCGGGCCCAGCUUGAGCCCUUCUACUGCGGCCCACAGCUCAACUUCAAGGCCUUCGAGGGCCUGCUGGGCCUGACGCUGUCUAAGGCCCUAGAGGAAGGCAGCGGCCUGUGCCCCAGAGACGGGGGCUACGGCGACCCGGAAAAGGAGAACCUGUAUCACGUCAGACCGGCUUACCGCAGGGAUGACUCGGUUGAGGGUGGGAAUUAUCUGGACCACCGCAGCGCCCACCAAAGAAGUGAAGGCUGUGGCAGUGACGUGGAGGCUGACCAGCUGUUCAGUAUGUCAGCCCAGAAGGACUCAGCCCAGCAGCAGGAGAGGGGAUAUGUCCCCCCAGUAGAGGGAGCCUACCCCCUACCCAGGGAGGGGGGUUGCGUCGCCCCAGCGCCACUUCGCAGGAAGAAGGGAUGUGAGGAGAACAAACAAGGCUUACUCACCAGAGUCUCUCAGAUUCAGCUCCGUCCGGGUCGACCACCUCAGGUCAACCCUGGCUGGAUUUGGAGCAAAUCCACGACCGACAUCCCCAUGGAGUCCCCGGGCUACCAGGAUGAUGGGCAGAACUUGGGGGGUCCUGACGUCAGCAGGCCAAGUCGCCCUCCAAACGGUGCCAGGUCCAAGGAGAGCGUGGAGAAAUGGCAGGAGGAUUUGACAAAGUGGAAGAACAGACGUAGGAGCACCAACUCUGACCUCCACAGGAAGGUCGAGGAACGCAACCAUGAAGUCAACGAGACGACCAGGGGGACUAGGGCGACCGUUGGACAGAAUAAAAUGGCAAACGGAGACCAGCUGUCGCCUUCUGUUCCCGGCCCAGCCUCCUCCCAUUCAUCCAGAGCCUCUCGCCCAGCACUCUCUCGGAGUUACACAGUCGAGACCCUGCUCGGAGACCCCUGGCCCAACAAAGCAUCCUCAUGUAGCCCCGUCCAGAACCAGCCCCUGUCUGGAGCCAUGCCCGCCUCUCAUCGCCCUCUGCUUGGAGAGGAGGUCCCUUCCGCCUCAUUGGCCUCCGACGGCAACGCCUCCUCCACCGCUACCACCCCCUCCACCUGCAGUCCUUACACCUCCCAGACCCUCAUCAAGCUCCAGCCUAGUCCCACUGCUGGACAGACCCAGACCGGCGGGAGGGGCCGUAGAACCACUAUGGGGCCGGUCCCGUAUCUGGGCAUUGGCACGGUCGACCGUACACCUUACUCACCGCAGGUCACGGACCGCAAAAUCACAAUCCUCCAUCACGGGCCGUUCCUCCAGCGGAGAGACGCGACCCAGCAGAACCACUACUCUCUGAACACUGCUGGGCCUGGAGCCGGGGAGGAGGCGGGAGGUCUGGUGAACGGGCCAACGCACCACAGCUUCCUCCACAGGUACAACUCUAUGCCCUGGUCGGGCUCGGCCAGCCUCCCUCGAGGGUACCGCCGUUCUGAAGGCUCGGCACGCCUAUCAAACGUCCUCACGGCCCGCCCCUUCGGUACCAGGCCCUCCAGGAAGUCCUCACUGCUCAGCACAGGAAGUGACUACAAGACCCUCCCACUGAGCGGUGACAUGCAAGCUCCCCAGCCCAUCCUGAACCGUCAGGUCGCAACCUCCCUCAUUAGGGCUCCCCGCCAAGCCACAGAGAAACAGGAAGUGGAGAACCAGGCAGAGAAGGAACGUGACAGGGAAGAGGGUGGACAUACAAACGGUCUUCCCUAUUGCAGUCAACCACCCUUUAAGACCCUUUCCCAAACACACCUGCCUCCUCCAGCCAUUCACGCCGCACCACAGAAGCGGAUGAGGGUGAGUCUGAGCCUGACACCCAACAGUGUGGAUGACUUCGGUUUCCAGACAGACUGGAGCGCCACUGGAGCCAGAGUCACCUCUGUUCAACAAGGCAGCCCUGCUGAGCUUUGCCAGCUGUGCGUGGGUGAUGUCAUCACCACAUUAGGCGGAGCCAAGGUGGAGCAGCUGAGCUCCAGCCAAUGGGAGAGCACUAUGACGUCAGCCCUGCAGUCCGGUAGCCUCACCAUGGACGUCAGUCGCUAUAGCAACCAGGGCUGUCCUGAAAACCACGUCCACAAAGACAUCAUGACCCUGCCCACUGGCCCUGACCUACCUGCCCAGGGGUUGGGCAUCCAAACCAGGAACGGAGAAUUUGAGGGGACACGAAAGACCGCCAGUAGCAAAGAACUUGAACGAAUUGUACUGAGAAAUAAGAGGCGGAGAGCGGAGUUUUUUGAUGUGAAAGGAGGUACUGAAUCAGCCAUAUCUGACCUUCAAGUUCCGUCUCUGAAACCGUCUUCCUCAAACUGGUCCUGGGACCACGAAGAAGAACGCAAACGUCAGGAGCGCUGGCAGGAGGAGCAGGAGCGCCACCUACAGGAGCGCUACCAGCGGGACCAGAAGCGGAUGCAGGCCGAAUGGCAGAGCGCUCGGGAGGGGACGGGGGAGGAGCCGAGGGGGACAGACGAGAGGCCGGUCUGGCUGGACGAUCCUGGUGUCGUCAUACCCACCAGCCUAACCAGACCUGUCGUCCAAAGACAAGCUCCUCACUGGGAGGCUGAUGGUUCAGUCAGACACCAGAACAAGGGGACGGGAUCUGCCGGUGUCCAGUACUCGGACCCUGCUCCUGUCGGACCCCCGACCCCUACAGACCUGGCUGGCUUUAGGCCCCUUGGUACAGAGGCCGGGUCGAAGCCUCGCAGUCUAGAAGCGGAGAAGGAUAAGCGGGCUGAGCCUGACUUCUUCAGGCCGACGGGUUCUGGUGGAUUUACCCAGCUCUAUUCAGCGUACCGCGGGAUGUCAAAGUCCACCCCGACGCUGGCUUCUGACCACAGGCAGACCAAAGGCCCCGGGGAGCAGAAGAAGGGGAAGGUGGCGACUGCGUCAAAGGAGGAGCAGAACAGACAGCAGAUCCUUGAAGAGAUGAAGAAGAGGACUCAGCUGCUGACCGACAACAGCUGGAUCCGCCAGCGCAGGGCCAGCUCCCUCAAAGAGCCCCUCUACACUGGUGGAACCCUCAGGAGAUACGAGUCUCUGGACAGCCUCCACACUGCCCCUCCCUCGGAGCCCCCCUGUGAGCUGUCGGGCCCCAGGUCUCUCUCUGGCUCCUCUGGGCGGAGUGUCUACCCCCGGUACACCACCUGCCCGACUCCACCUGACCAGCUCCCCAGCUGCCCCGUCGCCUUGUCCCAGCACUCAUUCCCUGACGCCUCAUGUAUCCCUGGAAAAGCUGCUGGUGAUUGUGCUGUGCCGAGCAUCUCGGAGGAGAGGGAUCAGAAGUUCAGAGCAGAGACCACAAGUCUUUCUGCGAGUGUUGCUACAUCCAGCUCAAUUUCCAGCAACUGACCAGGUCAUGUGACCAGAGAAGUCAGAUUGAGAAAAAAGGGGCCAUUUUGUCGGGGAAGUGACGCGACAAAAUGUUGGAUGAAAUUUCACGUGAACCCCACCCACUAGCGCCCUGCGUGUGUUGUAUGAUUUUACAUUUUGAAAUAUUCGUUAAUCUUUCACUCGGCCAAAAGUUGCUAAUUAAGUGUACUGUAUGAAAUAAAAUGGGGUAAUGAGUGUUUUUAAAUCUCCGGUUUUUGGUUGUAUCUGUCCACUAUCGUUUUGUUUCCCCCAUCAGCAAGUAAUUUUACUAAUGCUAUGGUGAGGGCCAUGUCAAUUACAUAACUUCAAGCACUUUCUAUCUUCACUUUCAUCUUGCUAAGUGCACUUUGCAGAUCAUUUGGUGAUAUGGGUCCAGCAGUCAUAAAAUAAUGUAAUGUUUAACCAGGUAAAUGUGACUGAAAUGUUUGGAAAUAAAAGAUAUAUCCCACAAAUAUAUCCGUUAUUUUAUCACACCACUAGAUGGCAGUAUUGACCCACUGGUUUAGUUUUAAGUGGGCGUCCUUCUAACCAAAACAAUGGAUCAUCGAACAGUUCAUAAUGACCGCUGAAAGAAAAACUUGUAGUUAAAAUACACCUUAUGUUAAUUUCAUUAGAUCGUUGGACUUUGUCGAAUGGUCAUUGGAGAAGAUUUUUAUAAAUAAAUUCGCUAUGUGCAGUAUUGGGCAGCACCAAUUUAUUAGGUUGUAGACAAACUCUUAACUGUGCUCUGAGAACUUCAACUGAGUUGUCCACUCUGGCUGUGCAACUGUGUCGCAGCAUAGCUUAGCUGGCUGUUUAUUGUGCGUCCGAAUGGUUUUGGGAGUGAAUAUUAAGAUUCUAGUAAGCAAAGGUACGGGAUGGACAGCAUUUUUAUAUGCGCUUUAUGUGUAAUGUUUUGGUUAUAGGCUGUGAUUUUAUGAACAAUUUUGAAGUCACUUGAUCUGCAUUUACUUCAGUAUGUCCAGGUAGUUUUAAGCUACAAACUUGUUGAAAUGUUACACUACUAAGACAUAAAUUGCACAUAAUAGAAGUUGGUUAGUAUCACAUGUACGUUAUUGAAAUAGAAACACAAGCAAACUGUUGCAGAGAGCUAUCGAGUAAAUAAGCUCUAUUUUCUAUCAAAUACCAGAUUGUCAAAUGUCUUUGGAUACUCUGUAGUCACCUAUUGAACAAAAGUGAUACUUGUAGUGUUCCAUAGUGCAGCUUUGUGUCAUGAUUCCACCAAACAGUGAUACUAUAACGGUCUCAAUCCUCUAUCUGUUGAGACAUCUGUCACUCUUCCUUCCUCUUAUAUCCUGUCAAUGCUACAAAGUGAUUUUAGACAUUCCUGUAUCGCUUUAAAUGUAGGCCUAUCUCAAAUAAUUUCUUGGCUUAUUUUGUAGAUGAAUAAUAUUUUCUGAAUGCUACUGGUUGUAGUUUGGUCCUAUGAAUGUUAAUAAGGCACAAUCCCAGUUUUUGUAUCGCAACAUAUUUAUCUCAUAGUAAUGCAAGGUCAGUAAAGAGAAGGUUGUGUGUCGUAAGAAUUUUUAAGGAAGUGUCACUGCUGAACAGAAGGAAGAGACACGCUUGUCACCCCGACCUUUGCUUAAACUUAAAACAGGAACCAGAGAGCGACGAAUGAUAUCCCUAAAACAUGACUACUGUCACGUGUAUACAUAAUGAAACUCAUGCUUAUUUUUAAUAUCAAUAGACCAGUGUCAAUACACAAGCAAAGCCCUUUUCAGGCUGAUAUGAGAGAUAUCUUUGACAUAAGGCUGAACAUUAUCUCAUGGAGAAAAAGCCUGUGAUCUGUGGGUUGCUCUCCAUAAAGCUUAUAUACAAAGUUAAACUAGUUCUGUUUACCUAAUGGUGCGGGUAUGAAUGUUCCUUGAGAUAUGAUGUCACAUGGAGUGGGUCAUAGUGUUUCUGUGUUGUCCUGAAGUCUGGCAGAACUCACGCCACUUUGGUUCAAACUAGAGGGAUUAUUUUAUCUUCUUUGUUAGAACACAGUAGAUAGAUAUAUUCUGUUCUUUAGUUGAAACGGAAGGGAAAAUUGUAUCUUCUUUAGUAGAAAACAGUAGAUAUUCUGUUUUUACUCCAGUCAUAGCGACAAGAACCCCCUCCCCUGAUGUCAAAUUUAACCUUUAACCCUGACCUUGAACUAGAUCUCAAAGUCCCCAGGCAUUAGGAAGGCCUGAUGUGAAAAUGUUAAGUGUUCUGCCUCCCAGCACUCUUGGCAGCGACGGAGAGGUUUGAGAACUCGGUGGCCUGACCUCUGGGUCUGUUGAGGGCAGCGGUCUUCCUAGAAGAACCCAUUGGAGAUAUUGUCAAGUGUUUUCCUUGUUAUUUUCAGUUGUGUAGGAUGCCCCGGUGGCUCUGCUGUGACCUACUUGAAGAACACUAGUUGAACUAGCGGAAGGUCAGCCAGAUAAGUCAAGCGAAGACGGAGCGAGAAAAGUGUAUUUUGUAUUUUAAGCUUGACAUUUGGUUUGUGGGAGUGGUGUUUAUAGUACACCACUUCACAAUUUAGCCUAAGGGUAAACAUUGCAUGUUUACAAGAGUCGCAGAAAGUAAGAAUUCACCACAAAGUAUAAAUCGAUCUAACAAUCUAAAAGGAGAUAAUAACAAUUGCAACCCUGCAUGUGACAUUUAAGCUUAAAUUAACAUAAUUUAAAUGAGUGAAACUAUGUUGUUUCACGUAAAUAAUCAUACUUGUUUUAAACCAGGUAAGUGUUCACUAAAGGCAAAACAUAAUUUAGAAAAUGUGAUUAAUAAAUAAGUUAUUAAGAAAUAUAAAUGACGUCAUUGGCAGGGAACCAGAAGACUAGAUAUGAUAAUAGUUAGCUAUGAUGUGUUGUGGUAUAGAAGAAAUCUCCAUUAUGCAAUUCAGAAGGGAAUUUCAUGACUGUAUUUCUACAGUGGCCAGUGUACAUGGUGUGGAUUUGCAAGCUUUGCAGACAUUAUUUUACAGUUUACAACUGCUGACCGAGUUCUUGUCACUGUUACGCACUAACAAAUCCCCGCCUCUAACAACAUCAUUGGUUGAAACAGUUAUGAAGCAAAGAAAAAUUAAAUGCCAUAUUCACCAAGAUUCCCAGCAAAACUGCUAUAAAAAAAAAUAAAAAAUCUAAAUUCUGAUAUCUGAGACUCGCAUUAAAACAGAUUGGACUUGGACCCCCAGCUCCUGAUUCUUCUAAUCAGACACUACGUGUUGAGGCCCAAGUAGUUCUGCAAUGGCAGUAACACUUUAAAAUAAAACGAGAAGGCCAUGCUGCUGCCAUAAAACUAGGCAAAACUAUGCUCUGUUAUUGUGGUUACAAUGUGUUGCCCAGUAAUGUGACACAAUCACAAGAACAUCUGCUUCCCAGGAAGUUAAUGUGGUUAGAAUUUAAUUUAGAUUUCCAAGUGUUUGGAGGGGGCUAAAUGGCAGCACUGUGGCCUAGCCUACUGUGGGAACUAACCGUUUCUGAAUGCUAAGUCUUUCUCCUUAUUCACAUUUCUGACACUUUGAAGAUUUUGCACAUCGAGCCAUUAGAUUUUCUAUGACACAGCAUCUGUUGUGUUGAGAGCCCUUACACAGUCUUUUUGACAGUGGUGUCCCUAUACACAUUAGAACAGACUCCAUAGACAAUGGAGACUUAGUGUUUUUACGAAAGGAAGUAAGGCAGAUAACAUUUCUCAUUAAACACGGACUGGAUGGGCUUCUAGCAGGGAAGCAUAUGGAGUGUGAUUGUUCAUGGUUUUCUGUUUUUACUUCUUGUUUAGCCUGUCUCUUCGUUUUGACCUUUUCUGACUCUCCCUCUUUGUCUAUCUGACUUAAUAUCUAUCUUAUAUCUGUGUCUAUCCAUCUCAUUCAGUCUGUUGGUCUGUGUAGUUUAUGCCUACAAAGAAUAUUGACAAAUUAUUAAUGAAUGUUAUAUUUGAGAUAUUAAUCAAAUUGCAAUCUUGUCAUAUAUUUCAGAAUAAAUUAUUAUAUUUCACUUUCAUCAAUUCGCUGAGUAUGAACAACUUAUUUGUACCUUUUCAGCCUGGGUUAAGGAGUAGCAAACCAUAGACAGCAAUGCAAGCUCCCUGCUGGGGAUGCUUGACCUCGGUGUCGACUUCAGCACAAUUUGACAAAGCAUUCAUUUAAAUCUUCUCGAACACUAUUUUUACAUCAACGGUUCUGCUCUUCUCUGGUUAAAUAGUUUCUCACAAAUAUAACAGUUUGUUCUUUGUGAAGACUCGCAUCAAAACACUGCAACCUAAGCUUUUAAUCUACUCCGGGGGUCGGUCCUUUGCAGGGGCGUUUCUAGGUUUCAUAAACAUCCGGGGCUUAGCCCAGAGGGGAAAGGAAAACUAGUGCUGUCAAGUGAUUAAAAUAUUUAAUGUCAUAGUUAACUCACGAUUAAUCGCAAAAAAAAUUCUAUGCUAAAUAUCCCUUGAUUUCUUUGUCCAAUAGAUUUUUCUUUUUAAUGCUCGUAUCAACAUGGAGAAGAGCAUCGGCUUGCCUUGUGCAAAUGUUUUUUAUUGAUGACAACAUUGGCAUCAAAACAGGACGAUACAAAAAAAAAGCCUAUAGUGCAAUUAAACGAUGAACAUACAAACAUACUGCCUUGAACAAAACAGUCAGGCUACUGCUUCUUUGUUUUGAGCCAAAGAAAAAAAAAAAUUGCGUUAAUCGCGCGAUAAAACAA